UCGACCAGCCGCGACGAUGGCUUGGCAGGAGACCAUGAUGCGCUUCCGCCUCGCCGAGUUUGCCACGAGCACGCUCAUGCUCGUCAUCUCGCUCGUCAUUUCGCUUGCAGGCCUCUACCAACGCGACCUCCUCGUCGUGACCAUCCCGCUCGGCAAUGGCAAGACCGUCUUUGUGCGCGAUCCAAGCGUGAACCUCCCGAUGCUCGACCAGCAAGUGCCCAUGUACUUGGCGGUCAUCCUCUCGUAUGGCAUCCCCGUGAUUGCGCACGUGGUCCUUCAGUGCAAGCAGCGCAUUGACCAUGACACGCGCGACUUCUUCCUCUCGCUUUUCGUCUCGUCGGCCAUUUGCCAGCUCGCGACCAACAUCCUUAAGGUCCUCGCGGGCCGGUUCCGCCCGAGCUUCUACUCGAUGUGCAAGUGGGACACGACGGCGGUCUGGGACGGCUCCGCGAACCUCUGCACCGACAAGCACGCCGAGACCGAAGGCCGCAAGUCGUUCCCGUCCGGCCACUCGUCGACGGCGUUCUCAACGCUCUUCUUCCUCAGCCUCUACCUCCUCGGGCGCUUCCAGGUCGUCGCCCUCCACAAGUACAGCGCCAAUGCGAUGGCCGGCCGCCACUCUCUCGCCAACAUCAAGUUUUUCAUUGCGCUUUUACCGACGGUCCUCGCCAUGUGGAUCGCGGUCACGCGCUCGAUGGACAACUGGCACCACUACUCGGACAUUGCGGCUGGCGCGUUCAUUGGCAUUGUUUCGGCGGUGCUGGCGUACGCCUACAACUAUGGGUCGCUCUUCAAGUACAAGUCGUCGGGCCUCCCCCUCGAAACGUACUACGAGCAGAAGAUUGCAAAGAGCGACUCGCGCGUGGCGCCGCUCACAGCUGCGUAAUACAGACACUCGACAUCAUUCGAGUAAACGCUUCUACUCAUAGUUAUCGAAUACCCCCUGUCUCGGGCAGCUUUGGGCUAUGUCCUUUGCUCGAGGACAAGAGCAUCUACUCGUCACAAGCGUAAAGCGUAGGAAUAAGAAACAGACUAGAACCGCGUCGUGCC